UAAUAUGAGGCCUUUUAUGCAUGGUUUUUACUGUUUUCCCUCUGUCCCUAAGCCAGACUUUGUAUCUUCAACCUCGCUUAAUUCUAAAUUAAAUAUUUAAAUAAUGUAGAUUUCAAGUACAAAUGAUAAAAUACCAUUUAUUUCAAUUCUACAUAUUAUAUAUUGUGAUACAUAUUCACAUUUUCCUAUAUUUUUCAUAAAUAGAACCCUUGUCCCUUGGGGUCACUGUCAUUUCCACCACACUGUACAAAAUAGAAUCCUGGGAUCAGUGUUUUAGGUUUGUAUAUUUAGUAACCAUAGCAACAGAAACUCCACAGUGGAACACAUGGCUGGAUGAAAUGGUGUCCUCUACAGGGGGUAAUGAAAAUAAGAAAAAUCAAGGUAAAUAUGAGUAAAACUGAGAGUAUGUUUAUUGGUCGUCAUUUCCAAACAGCUCAUAUUUCACAUGGACGUAAAAAUAACUGGAUACAUUUAAUUUAAUAAUGUGUAAUUUGUGUAUAUGCUAACUCUAAAACUAAUAUUAGCAGGCUAACAUAGCAUGAGAUUUUAGAGGGAAAGUGGGGAAAUGUCAUUUCCACCACAGUCAUUUCCACCACGGUGUUCAUUGUGGUGGUAAAGACAGGUUGUGGUGGAAAUGACAUUGUUCGUGCUAAACAGCAAAUUAUUUGGGCUAUAAUACUGAUACUAAAUUCAAAAACAGUUUUAACAAUAUUACAAUAUUGUUGGUAAAUAAGAGAACAAUAGAUAAGUAGGUUUGACAUGAUGUCUUGGCUCUUUCUUUAAGAUGGCAAGCAAUACCACAGCACAGAGGUCAAGAUCAUACAGAGAAAGAAUAAAAUCAGAUCCACUUAAAUAUGCAGAGUCCCUCAAGAAGGACAGAGAAAGAUACCUGAAGAAAAAGCAACAAGGUGUUGUUAAAUCUGUGACAGAAAUGCCGAAAAGAGAACAACGAAAAAUGAGAAGACAGUGGCGAAUUUCUCAACGAAACAGACGUAGGAAAUGGAAAAUGGUCUCAGCAGUGAAUAGUUUCAUGGCACAUACAACACCACCACCAUCACCAGACAACAUGAGUGUUAAUGCAGAAGACAUCCCUGAAACACCUCAGCUGUGUGAGCCUACACCAGAGAGAACUCCACAGAGGAAAAGAGGGAGAAAAAAGGUUGCGAAGGCAAAAGCAAAGGUGUACAGAGAUCUUAAUGACAUUAAACAAAAGCUUGAGGAUGCCCUCAGAAAAGUUGAAAAAUACAAAAAAAUAAGUAAUCGACUGAAGAAGAACCUGGGGAUCCUAGAGUCACCUAAAAUGAAAACAAAGCAACAGAUGCAGCAAGAAAGCAAGCAAUUAAAGAAGACACUCCUAUUCCAUAACACCAUUAUGUCAGAAAUAAGAAAAAAGUAUCAGAAUGUUGACAAUCGUAAAGCUCGGCAACUGAUCUCCAAACUUGUGGCUGGCAAGAUCUUUAAAAAAUACCGCCUGGUCACCAUGGCCAAGAAGGAGUUUGGAUUCUCUACAAAACUAAUCAGGACAAACAUGACAAGGGCCGACAAACUCAAAUACACCCGCAAAACACAACGAAACAGAGUCAGCCAAGAAGUGAAGGAAAAGAUAACAAAGUUUUUAGAACGCGACGAUAACAGUAGGGCCACUACUGGAAAGAAAGAGACAAUUACAAAGAUGAAAAAUAAAAUGCAAAAGCACUUCCUGGUGGAUUCUAUGCAGACACUGCACCUGAAGUUUAGACACGAGAAUCCCGAAGUCAGACUCUCCUAUGCAGAGUUUUGCAAAAAGCGACCCUUUUGGAUUGUUAAACCAACGAUCAAAGACAGAGACACAUGUCUGUGUAAGCUACACUCAAACAUACAGUUCAUGGCAAACAAACUGUUCUUUCACAAAGUCAUUAAAACGUCCAAAGUCACCGAUCUCAUGUAUUCAGUUACAUGCAAAAAUGUGACAAAAGAAUGCAUGUACAGGGAGUGUCUGGAUUGUAAAGACCAUGAACUCCAAACCUCUGCCUUCGAUGCUGGGGAGCAAACCUGGUGGUUUGAAUGGAGAAGCUCUGUGGAGGACAGAGAAAAAAAGAAAAAAGACGGCUCCAAAGAAAUGAUUAAAGUUCACCACACAACGAAGGAAAAAGUAUAUGGGACUUUGAAGACACUUUUGGAUGACUUUUCUGACCAACUGAAAAAAAAGAUGGGAAAGCACAUUCACAGCAUAAAACACCAAUAUCUGUCUUUGAGAGCACUAAAAGAAAAGAUUGACGAAGACAGUAUUGUUCUACAAAUUGACUUCGCAGAAAAUUACAUGUGCACAUUUUCCAAUGAAAUCCAAGCGGUCCAUUUUGGCGAUUCCCACCAGCAGGUAAGCCUCCAUACUGGUGUGGCUCACACGAAGAAUGGUGUUGUGUCUGUUUGCACCAUUAGUUCCUCAAUGCGCCAUGACCCAUCUGCAAUCUGGGCUCACCUCAAAAAAGUGCUUCCCUACCUCAAACAACAAAACACAGCUGCAACCACCCUGCAUGUCAUAAGUGAUGGCCCAACCACUCAGUAUAGGUCAAAAAAUAACUUUUUUUUCCUGAGCAAAGUACCAUAUGAGCUAGGAUUCAAAAAGGUGACCUGGAAUUUUCUGGAGGCCGGACAUGGGAAGGGCCCAGCUGAUGGAAUUGGUGCGGCUGUUAAGCGCCAAGCAGACUCGCUUGUGGCCAAGGGCAUUGACCUUCCAACUGGAAAAGUAUUGUAUGAACAACUGCUUAACCAGCCAUCAACUGUCAAGUUAAUGUACAUCACUGAGGGGGAAAUUGAAGAGAUGGAUAGUCUCCUUCCUGAUGACCUGCUGACCAUCAAAGGAACCAUGCAGAUACAUCAGAUUGUCUCUACAAGACCGGAGGAGAUUUCUUGGCGAGUUCUCAGCUGCUUUUGUGCAGAUCCCCAUCCUUGCCAGUGUUUUGGUCUCAAAAAAGUCAACAUACUGGGAGCACAGAACAUGGAGACUGCAUUGGGAUCACCAAGUUCAAGCACACUUACCAGCACAUCUCAACCCAUCAUAGACCUGCAUGAGGGACUGAUUGGAAGUUGGUGUGUGGUACGGUAUGAUGGGGAUCCUUACCCUGGCAUUAUACAGGAUGUGGACCCUGAGGGUUGUGCUCUGGUGAGAACCAUGAGUCAUAUUGGCAAAAACAAGUUAUUCUGGCCUAUGAGAGACGAUGUUAUUUGGUACCGGCCAGAAGAUGUGAUCAGGCUGGUCCCAGAGCCUCAACCAGUAACAAAGAGGCAUGUGAUGGUGGAGCCAACAGUUUGGAAAGAAAUAUGCUCUGUUCUUGACCAUGAAACAUAACUGAACCUCUGGCCCAUAUGCAAGUUUGACAGAUACAGUAUUUAGCAAAUACAAUGUCUAUUUAGUCAGAUUCAACUUGUUAUUCCACAUGAUUACGUUUGACAGUACAUGGAUUUACGAUAUAACACACAGGACAGUAAUGUUUAAGUACAGAGUGUUUGCUCUGGUUCAGCAUAGGCAUAUAAGUUUUCAAUUUCAAAAUAUAUUGCCUAUUUUAUCUGUUAUUCAACUGGUUAUAUUAAGGUUAUGUUAAGGUAAUGAUGACAUAAAGGGUUUGCUCUAGUUUGUACUAGUUUGCUCUAGUUCAGCAUGUAGAAAACAGUGAAGAAAUGAUUUGCUGAUUUUUAACACAAAUUCAUGUUUUUUCAUUUUUUGGAUUGUUUUUAAUUAAAAAAUAUUGGUGAUAUGUUUUUGUUCACAAAUGCUGUUGCUUAUUGAUUUGCUCUGGUUCACCACAUAGAGCAGUAGAAAAAUUGUUUUUAAUUGGAAGUUGCCUAUCUGUCAUUUCCGCCACACACUGUCUCUUCCGCCACGCCAUGUCAUUUCCACCACAACACAUAUUUUAAAGUAAAACAUAUAAAAAACAUACAAUCAAACCAACUAUAUUCAGUGGUGUUGAUAAUUGUGCAGUUAGGGCUAAGAUUUGUGUAUACACUUUGAGAAAUAUAUGAUUUUGAGCUAUGAUAAGAAAAUGAAAUGUUCCAUUGACCUAGUUUUAGGUGUUUUUUAGUGUAAACAUUGUAAAAUCUUUACAGUUACAUUUCUGAAAAAAAUAAUAAAUUACAAAUUUGAACAGA